UAAUUACUGUGACUUAAGUCUGUGAAUGAAUGAGCAGCAGUUACUUAUGGAGGUGUUCUCUUAAACUUGGAAGCUCUGAACCUGUCAUCCCACCUUCACUUCUUAUAAGUCACCUAAAGGGUACACUUGCUGUUGAACCUGCUACUAGAAUUCACCGGCUGACACUGCAUUGUAAAGGGAAAACAGAUUAUUUAAGUAGACCUUGUUAUUUUACAAUUACAACCUACUGAUCAGAUUUACAAGUAAUUUGCUACUAGGAGAGAAAGCUGAGUUCAAUUUAAAUUGUCUAGACCAUUUCUUUUUAAACUGAAAUUUCUCAAGAGGAAUAUCUGCAUGCCAUGGAGGAACCCCUCAACAGCACCAUUGAUCCGGCUUGUUUACAAGAGCCCCCGCUGGCCAUCGACGUGAUUGAGCAGCUAGAUGUGUUUGGAUUUUGCCUGUACUCUAUGCUCACCUUCAUGUCCUGCGUCUCCCUGCUGCUGUACCUGGAGCAGUGCAUCUAUAUUUAUAAAAAUCUGCCCUACCCCAAGAAGACGACCAUCAUGUGGAUAAAUGGCGCAGCACCAGUCAUUGCCACCAUGUCUUGUUUUGGGAUGUGGAUCCCGAGGGCAGUCAUGCUCACAGACAUGACAUCUAAUUGUUAUUUUGCAGUCGUGGUGUAUAAGGUCCUGGUUCUGAUGAUCGAGGAGUUGGGGGGCAGCAGUGUUUUUCUGGAGCGGUUUUCUGGUAAAACCUUCAGGAUCAACACAGGACCCUGCUGCUGCUGCUGCCCCUGUUUACCCCACGUGCCCAUGUCACGGCGAUUGUUAUUCUGGCUGAAGUUGGGUGCUCUUCAGUAUGCAAUCCUAAAGACGGUGCUCUCUGUCCUCGCCAUAAUAUUGUGGACAAACGGCAACUUUGAUCUCUCUGAUCUAGAGAUCACUGGUACGGCCAUUUGGAUUAACCCAUUCAUUGGCAUUCUCACUAUCAUCUCCCUUUGGCCUGUUGCCAUCAUCUUUAUGAACACCAACAGCUUUCUACGCAGCCUCAAUAUUGUGCCCAAGUAUGCCAUGUACCAACUAAUACUUGUAAUGAGUCAGCUGCAAACAUCAAUCAUUAACAUCCUGGCCUUGGAUGGAACCAUCGCCUGUGCCCCUCCCUUCUCCUCUCAAGCUCGUGGAUCCAUGCUGAGUCAGCAGAUGAUGAUCAUGGAGAUGUUCAUCAUCACUCUGGUCAAUCGGUUUUUGUACCGUCGUAUAUAUGACAUACUUCCCUCUGAGGCACACGACAACGACCAAAAUACCAAAGUUGCCCUGCAGGCUGCUCGGGUGGAGCAUGAUGUCUAAAGAGUGGAAGUCAGCACUGCUCUUUAGUGAUGUAUCAGAUCAUCUAAGUUCACCCAAUAGUCCAACUUGAGUCUGACACACUGUUUUCAUUUGAUAUAACAUUUUACCUCAUUCUGUCACUCAAAUGUUAGGGGAGAGAACAUCACUACUUUAAACCCUAUUUGUUUGUACUUUUCACACAUCACUCACUGACAAUAUCUGUAUCCUGAAGGUGACAGAACUUAAAGGGUUGAUUCACCCAAAUAACUACUUUCUGUCCAAGAAAUAGUCCCUCUGAAGACUGUCCACAGUGUGGGUUAUCCAGAGUAAAUACAUUGAUUCUGGAAAGGGAUGUUGACUGUUGAAUUGUUUACAUGUUUUUCAACAGCUAGUCUGUCACUGCCCAAAAGUAAAAAAAAAAAUCCACCUACCAGCACCUCUAAAGCUCACCAACACGUUAUAGCUCGUUUGUUUAAUCUGCAAAAACCAGUGUUAAAGUGUUAAAACGACAAGUGUUUUUACUGGGGGUUCUGUGCAGGACUUUUUCUUGGUUGGGGGCAGAGACUUCCUGGACUCUUGUUAAUGUGUCUCGUACAGUAUUUACCAUACAGAUAUGAGAGUGGUAUCAAUAUUCUCAUGUAAGUCUCAGCAAGAAAGUAAAUAUAUGUAUUUCCCAUAAUGACAAACUAUUCCUUUAAGCUUUAUUAAUUUAAAAAAGAUAAAGAAUUAUUAGAGACAUUGGGGUGAUAGUGCUUUUUGAUCUGUGAUCUGGAGGAGAGGAACAGAGCCUUCCUACAAAUGUACACAAUGUACAGAGACGUGUGACAGCAUGUCAUACUGGGACAAACAUAGAAAGGAUGAAAGGUUGAAAAUUGGCAAAUUGGUCCUUUGGACUGGGAUUAUGCAGGUUUAUGAAUAUUUGUGUGUGGAAGAACAACAUUUUUACAUUUGCCUAAAGAACAGUGAAUAAAAACACCUAUUCAUUUGUGUUAA